AUGACUCAAUCUGAUUCUAAUAAAAAAGAAACUGCAAAUCUCAUGUGGUUCAGAGAGAAUGAAAAUACAAAUUAUCGAAGACCAAUUAUGUUUCCUGACAAUGAUAGACAUAUAACCGAAUAUACUCAAAUUAA